AACUUAUGAACCAGUAAAAUGCAAACCUUACUUGCUUACUGCCACCCAUGAUAAAGUUAUUAAAGGUCAGAUGACGUUUUAUCAAAGCUCUAAUGGAAGCAUCGUGGUGACAGGAACAUAUCAAUAUGGAUUCAAUAAUCCAUGUGAUUGGUGUUAUACUUGGUCAAUUCAAAAUCAAUGUGGUGAAGUUGUUUAUAAUUUCACUGACCUUUAUACUGAAUAUGCCACAAAAAGUGGUUGUGAUGGUUAUCCUCCUGAUCAUAAAUGUAAAAAGAGAGUGUCGAUUCUUAUGAGAGGUGAUAAACAUGACAAGUGUUACAUUGGAGAAUGGGGAACAAAACCUUGGGUGCUUAGAUUUAAUAAUUUAAUUUGGGAUUGUGAUCAUAAAGGUAUUAAGCAUAAAACAUGUGAAGGUAAAAAGAUUUAUGAUGAAUGGGAUGAAAAACACAAAGUUCCAAAACGGCUUAAAGAUCAAGGUUCGCCAACUGGAUUAUUUCUUGUAAUUAAAGGUUAUAGUAAAAGUGGGAAACGUGUUUACGCUGAUGAUGAUGUUGCCCCCGUGAAUGAUUAUGAGGAUUGA